UGAUCAAAGUGAGAGAAGAAGUGGAGCGAAUGAAGUUGAAUGAAGUUAAAAGUGAAGAGAGAGUGAGAGAGAAAUAGAAAGAGAUCUGAAAGAGAUGAGCUCGGCGCAGAAGCAGGUGUGGGAAGGGGCCAUUCCGCUGCAGAUUCAUCUCCACGAAUCUGAAGUCACAACUCUUCCUCCUCCUCCACCAGCUUUGGUAUUCUUCUCGCGCCACACUCUUCCUAUUUCCGUGUUGGCUCCUCGGAUAGGUUACUUGCCUCUGUUGAUAUCGCUCGUGAAGCCUCACUUCAGCACCACGCUUCCCCCUGGACUUGACACCGUUUGGUUUGACUACAAAGGCCUUCCUCUCAAGUGGUUUAUACCGACCGGUGUUCUUUUUGAUCUUCUGUGCGUGGAGCCGGAGAGACCGUGGAAUUUGACGGUAAUUACUUUCUGAUCUUGUUUUGGUUUUCUGUUUAGUCAAUUUGACCUACCCUUUUCUGUUGGAAUUACAUGUUGUUUCCUCUGUUUAGAUUGUUCGGUAGGAAGCGGCUCAUUUAGAUUUUAAUUGCAGGAAACAAGUUUAAUACGAGAGUUUAAUUUUUAGUGGUCAUAUACUCCUAGGUUAAAAUCGUUUUCUGUACGACUUUAAGGUAGUUGUUGUAAAAUUUAUUAAACUUAUCUUAUAUGACGAUGGUUUAUGAU